UUCAUUUGAAUAUCAUAUAUAAAGCCCAAGAUACCAGUUUGUGGGUCAUUUCUGUGGGAAACUACGUUUAACACAACAGUGUUUUACAGAAGAAAGGAGAGUUUAUUAACUGAAACUUUGUGUGAUAAUGACAUCAUACACAGACAAGGGAAAGAAACCAGAAAACGGAAAAUUCGUAGCAUUCGACCACCUCACCUUCUGGGUUUCCAACGCGAAGCAAGCAGCCAGUUACUAUGUGACGAGGUUUGGGUUCGAGCCUCUGGCCUACCGGGGCCUGGAGACUGGGUCCAGGCAGACAUCGGCGUAUGCUGUGCGUUUGAAUAAGAUAGUGUUCGUCCUCCAAGCCCAGUAUGAGCCUGAAGAGACGGCUUUCGCCAAGGAGGUGGCGUUCCACGGGGAUUUCGUGAAAGAUAUUGCAUUUACCGUGGAGAACCUCGACUACAUCGUAGAAUACGCCAAGAAGCAAGGCGCCAAAGUCGUUAAGGACAUUUGGGAAGAAAAGGACGAGAAUGGCGUCGUCCGAAUGGCUGUGUUGAAAACUUACGGCGACAACACACACACGUUGAUAGACAGAUCAAAAUACAAGGGGUCUUUCUUACCUGGAUACCAACUGCUGCCAGCAGAUCCAAUCAAAAAGUUCUUACCAAAAGUGGAGAUAAACUUCAUAGACCACGUAGUGGGCAACCAACCGGAUCACCAGAUGGAGGCGGCGGCCUCCUGGUACGAGCGCUGUCUGCAGUUCCACAGAUUCUGGUCAGUAGACGACAAGCAGGUCUGCACAGAAUACUCCGCUCUCCGCUCUGUCGUGAUGGCGAACUACGAGGAGACCGUCAAACUGCCCAUCAACGAGCCAGCUGAAGGGAAGAAGAAGAGCCAGAUCCAGGAGUACGUGGAGUAUCACGGGGGAGCUGGAGUGCAGCAUAUUGCGCUGAACACUGAGGAUAUUAUUAGUGCUGUAGAAAACCUGCGCGCUCGCGGCGUGGAAUUCCUCUCCAUUCCUUCCAAAUACUACACCCUGAUCCGGGAACAACUCAAGCACAGUGCGGUGAGGGUCGCAGAGAGUGUGGAUGAACUGGAGCGCCUCAACAUCCUCAUUGACUAUGAUGAGGAGGGGUACCUGCUGCAGAUCUUUACCAAGAACACGCAGGACCGGCCCACGUUGUUUAUUGAGGUUAUUCAGCGGAGGAAUCAUAAUGGUUUUGGAGCUGGAAACUUCAAGACACUGUUCGAAUCCCUCGAGUUGGAACAAGAGAAACGAGGAAACCUAUGAGACUUAAAAUACUAAAGAAGAAACUUUCAGAAAAUGUAUCGAAAUGAAAUAAGUUAAUUACAGUAAUUACUGAAUAUUAUGUUCUGUUUUUUCAUAUUUUAUACUUGUGUUGUAAUUUUACGCAGUUCAAAAUAAAACAUAUGAUUUAAUAAAGAGUAUCACUUUAAUGAAUUGUUUGAUUAUCGUUUAAAGAUACACAAUUUUAAGUGUAACACUCAUUAGAUCUUGGGGAAAUACCGACAUACUAUUUACAUAGAAUACCAGGCCAAA